AUGGCCAUCAAGGCUGUGCCACACGAAGGACGCCAAACCCUCCGCUCCACCGCAGCUUUGUCUGGCAUUCCGAAGACCACCAUUUUGCGGCACAUGAAGGAGCCCCAUGGCCUCGCGUCGCGCACAAGUCAACUGAAGCCGUUGCUGACGGACGACAACAUGUUGGAACGGCUACGGUUCGCAAACGGCUACGGUUCGCAGUCAGUUUCGUUCAGCCUGGGUUACGAAGAAACCACUCCUUCAUCAACAUGUAUGUGGUUUUUCAUCACCAAGGUCAAGCGAAGGUUCUAUCUUUAUGACGAAGAGAUGGCAGAGCGGGCCGCGAAGUCCAAGAAAUUCAUCACCAAGGUCAUGUUUCUGGCAGCCGUUGCCUGCCCACGAUACGACGGCAAGAUCGGCAUUUGGCCGUUCGUCGAGGAAGUAGCGGCGGUUCGUUCAAGCAAGAAUCGUCCCAAAGGCACGCUCGAGCUGACGACCCAGAGUGUCAACGCUGACGUGUAUCAAGACAUGGUCAUGAACGAGGUCGUGCCAGCGAUCCAAGUCAAGAUGCCAAGGGGUGUGGUUGUCAAGUUGCAGCAAGACAACGCAAGCCCCCACAGGUGUGUGAUGACCGAGCUCAUUGCUCGUCAUGGCGUUGACAGCAUUGAAGUUGCCAACCAGCCACCAAAUAGCCCUGACUUCAACGUCCUAGACUUAGGGUUCUUUAAUUCUAUUCAAAGUCUGCAGCAGCAAAAGGUCGCUCGGUCAAUUGGCGAGCUGAUUGCUGCUGUGGAAGAGGCGUUUUAUGAAUUGCCAGUUACCAUCCUCGGCAAGACAUUCAUAACUUUACAGAAAUUGUGGAUGAAACCUAAAGUAGUGACCAAGCCUUACGUUGGCCCCGAGCGCCCGGGAGGCCGUCUGCGCAAGCGCGGCCGUACGAGAGCGCGGAUCUAA